AUGACGCUCGAAGCGUCAGAAAUGGGAUGUUCCGAUUACAUUGUUCAAAUUGAUGAUCCACAGAGUUUUAUGAUGAAUUUUGAUAAAGUUAUUCACACGGGAAAUGUUAGGAGGAGCAAUCGAAAGAUUGUUAUGAUACCUUCGACGAAGUUACCAUUGAAUGAGUCCAAUUACGAACUGCUCAAAAUAUUGUCUAUGAAGGAAACCAGUUUUGUGGCAAAUAUUCUACUUGUUUUACCUCAACUUGGAAGAUUGGAAGAAGAAUGUGAAAAGUACGAUUUAGUUACGCACCAAUUCGUCGGUAUAGAUAACCAUGACUUGUCAGUAUAUCUCGAUGAAUGGGAUUCAUGCACUCUUCAAUUUGCACAUAACGUUAAUCUGUUUCCACACAAUAUGUUGAACUUAUACGGAAAAGUAGUUACGGUAGCCGCGUUUACUUACAAACCAUACGUUUUAUUAGACAUUGACACUAGUAUUGUGAAACAGGGAAGAGAUGGUAUAGAUGUACGAAUUGUGGAAGAAUUUUGCAGAUGGAUAAACUGCACCAUUGAAAUAAUAAGAGAAGAUGAUGAAGAAUGGGGUGAAAUAUACGCAAACCAAACUGGUAUAGGUGUUUUGGGAGCGGUGUUUGAAGACAGAGCCGAUCUUGGAAUAAGUACUCAAAAUAUUUUCAACCAUUUCCAUGAGAAAUCAGUAUCUUCGACUUUUUUCCAACCAUGGCGUAUUCGCAGCGUGUUAGGAUGGAUGAUGAUAACUGGUCUUGUGUUAGACAACGCCUAUGGAGGAGGUUUAGCAUCUACUUUUACAGUCCCAAAAUACGAGCCUACAGUAGACACUAUCAGAGACAUGGUUGACAGAAAACUUGAAUGGGGAGCCACACAUACCGCUUGGAUAUUCUCUCUUUCUCUCUCCCAAGAGCCCAUGAUUAAGCAGUUAAUAAGUCAAUUCAAGACUUAUUCGGCUGAAGAAUUAGUUGAAAAGAGUUUUACUCGGCAACUAGCGUUUAGCAUUGAAAUAUUGCCUGCAGGUUAUUUUGCUAUCGGCGAAUACAUUACAAAAGAGGCGUCCUUGGAUUUAACAAUAAUGCUUGAGCAAUUCUAUUUUGAGCAGUGUGUUAUCAUGAUGAGGAAGAGUUCGGUGUUCACUGAUAAAAUUAAUAAGCUUAUUGGGAGACUUCACGAAUCCGGACUCCUGUUAGCUUGGGAGACCCAAAUAGCAUUGCAACAUUUGGAUUAUAAAGUUCAGUUAGAAGUGAAACUAUCACGUUCAAAAAGAGACGUAGAGAAUAUUGAACCGCUUGCGAUACGCCAUGUUGUGGUAAGAUAUUUUUCUGUUAGAUCAUAA